AUGGGUUCGAAACCUGCUGGGUUCCUUGCUUUGUACCAGGAUAAAAACACGGAAGCCAACUUGCCAGAGCUAUAGGCAUAAAAGCAUACGGACUUCAGAGUAAUAGACAAGAAUCAAAUCCUGGUCUAGAAGAAAGUAUGGUACACCUAAAGACACUGUUCUGAGUCAGAUAAGGGUGAGGGAGGUACUAUCGUGAGAUUAUCAGUCGCAAUCUAACUUGGGAUCCUGGCGUCCCUCGUUCUAGGUUAGUCCGCAAGGAUGAGACAAAAAGAACAUGCACCGUUGCAUGGAUGGGGAAUCGGAGAGAUAGUACAAACCGGAUGA